UGCAGGCACAGCAGGAAGUCUCUGAAGGUGCUGGGGAGCGUUGGUGAGCCCAUCAACCCUGAAGCCUGGCUCUGGUACUACCACGUGGUGGGAGAGGAGAGGUGUCCCAUCGUGGACACCUUCUGGCAGACGGAGACGGGUGGCCACAUGCUGACGCCCCUCCCUGCCGCCACCCCCCUGAAGCCAGGCUCUGCUACGUUCCCCUUCUUUGGAGUGGUCCCUGCCAUCCUCAACGAGUCGGGGGAAGAGCUGGAAGGAGAAGCAGAAGGCUACCUGGUCUUUAAGCAGCCCUGGCCGGGAAUGAUGCGCACGCUGUACAGGAACCACCAGCACUUUGAGACCACCUACUUCAAGAAGUUCCCUGGGUACUACGUGACAGGAGAUGGUUGCAGGAGAGAUAAAGAUGGUUACUACUGGAUCACAGGGAGAAUUGAUGACAUGUUGAAUGUUUCUGGGCACUUGCUGAGCACGGCAGAGGUGGAGUCAGCCUUGCUGGAGCACGCUGCAGUCUCGGAGGCAGCAGUGGUCAGCCACCCCCACCCCCUGAAAGGGCAGAGCCUCUACUGCUUCGUCACCCUGCGGGACGGCCACGACUUCACCAGGAGCCUGGCAGAUGAGCUGAAGAAGCAAGUGAGAGAUAAGAUUGGACCCAUCGCCACACCCGACUACAUCCAGCACGCCCCCAGCCUGCCCAAAACCCGCUCAGGGAAGAUCACCCGGCGGAUAUUGAGGAAGAUUGCCCAAAACGACCAGGAUCUGGGGGACAUCUCCACCCUGGCAAACCCGGGCGUCAUAAAACAUCUUUUCAACAACAGAUGUGACACUAAACAGUAG